UAUAUUUUAAAAAAGAAAAAGAAAGAAGAUUUUGAAAAGCCGGACCGGAACCUCUGUACAAAACACAAGUAUUAGUUACCAGUUCGUCAUCUCCCAGCCUUGUUUCUAUCAGCAGAAAAACAUGGAUGCCGCGAACCGCUGCAGAUUUCGGGAACAAAAUUGAACCAAGAUCAAUACAACAAUGUUAGGGUUUCUUACAAUCCCACACCAAUGGAGGAUUCCCCCAUCUCUCUCAUUUCUCUCUGCAAUCUCAUCACCUUCUUCCUUCUCCCUUCCACUCAACAAAUUCCCUCUCCAUUACUCAUAUUCCAGCUCGCAAUCUCAAAUUUCCAGUAACCCCAGAAGAUUCACAGCGUUUGCGAGCAACAAGAACAACGAAUUGGGCGGAAAUAUCAAGGAGAGAGAAGGAGAAGGAAAUGGGACGAAGGGCUCCUCCAAUGGCGGCGAUGACUUGAGGAAAGAACGAGGCCCGGUUUUCAAUAUCAAAUGGGCUGAACUUUUGAUCGAUCCGGAUCCUGAUAACAUCUUGGCUGUUGCGUUGACUGGUUUGCUUGCUUGGGCAAGUGUUCAGGUGUCUACAAAGCAGCAUCAUAUCUCAAGUUCGAGGCUGCAUAUAAUUAUAGUAGCCUUGCAAAUGUGCCGAGAUCGUUAUGUCAACUUUUUUAUCAGAAAAUUAGGAGUAGGACGUCAACUUUGUGGUGCAAUCCUGCCUAUCUUUCCGCAAAUCUAAUCUUCUUUCUCGGGAGAAAAUUGUAGCUCUUCAAAAUCGUAUUUACUAU